AUGCCCCUCAAAGUGAUCGUUGUUGGUGCAGGCCUCGGUGGUCUGGGUGCUGCUAUAGCUUUGAACCGCGCAGGACAUCAGGUGCAGGUUAUUGAAAAGUCUAGCUUCCUCAACGAGGUCGGGGCGGCUAUCCAUGUAGCGCCUAAUGCCACUCGCAUCCUGAAAGCCUGGCAAUGCAACCUAGAUUUGCUUCAACCCGUCCAGUGCGAGACACUGCAGGUCUGGGACGCAAUGGGAAACCACGUGCGCACUCCCAUUGUUACGGAGGAGCAACAGCGUGCCUUGAAGGUGGACGAUGAAUGGGUGCUGACCCAUAGGGGUCGACAUCCGAUUGUCAUCCCGGGUAAUGUCGGUGGCAAGUAUCCCGUGACGCAGUAUUUCCUCACGACUAACCCUAGCAAAUACGUGCAGGAUGCAGAGGCCGGUGAGGUUGUCCUUGAGGAUGGAACCAAGUACGUUGCUGACCUGAUUGUGGGUGCCGACGGCGUCCAUUCUCGCUCAGUCCGCGCCAUCGCAAGGACAGACAGAGGCAGCGUAAGAACCGGUCAAAACUGCUACCGGUUCUUAGUACCCGUCGAAAAAAUGCAAGACAACCCACUCACGGCAAAGCUCCUUGCGAAGAUCAAUCUGAACGGGGUCCAUGUCUUCGCGACCCGGGAUCGACGUUUAGUGAUGUACCCCUGCCGCAAAGGCAAGUUGCUGAACGUGGCUGGAAUCUACCCGUCCACGUCCGAGACAGACACCCCUGGUGAUGCGGCAUGGCACAAUGCGGGAAGUGUAGACCAGUUACUCGAGACAUUCAGCGGCUUUAGCGAGGAGCUGCGGGAGAUGUGUCGCUUGGCCGAGGAUGUCAAGCUAUGGAGUCUGGCGUCUCGUGAUCCAGCGCCUAUCUUCGUCCGGGGCAAGCUCGCUUUGAUUGGCGAUGCUGCGCACCCCAUGCUGCCUCAUCAGGGCCAGGGCGCCGCGCAAGCUUUUGAGGAUGCGGCAGCUCUUGCCGGUGUGAUGACCGCGGACACGACCGUGGAGCAGAUCUCGCAGCGCCUGGGACUUUACAAUAAGCUCCGGUACGGGCAUGCAGUGACUGUCAUGAUGAUGUCAAGAACCAACGAUGAGCGGCGGGCGGAAAUGCUGGAUGAGCUCCGUCGGUAUGUCCCCGACGCGGAGGUUCCGAAGGACAUGUUCACCUACACCUGGCCAUCGGAGCCCAUCAAGGAAGCCGCACAGCUGGUAGAAGCUGCUAUGGCGUAG